AUGACAUCUGCUCUGGAUGAGUGUUUAUUGUCGGAGGAUGAGUUAUCUGAUGAAGAGCGCCAGGAUUUUACCGGCAUAGGCUUAGAAAAUGGAGAUGAUCCCAUUGAAUCCGAUUCAGACAAUGAGUCAUCAAAGGCGGAAGAAGAAGAAUCAGGUCCAGAGGGGAUUGAAAUGCACAUGAAUUUUGAAGAUACACCAGAAAUCUUAGUAGUAGUUGUAUUUUGUCCAAUUCUACCUUCUGAUUUGAUCUGA